AUGACGACAUUCACCCUCGAUACCGCUUCUCCGAAUUUCCGUGCCUCGCUGCUGUCGACCAUCGUCGUCUCUAUCAUCUCUGUCAAAAUCACCGCGGCGCCGACUAUCACCACCACGGCCCCCGCUCCCAUAAUCGAACCAAAGUGUCCCGACGGCCUGCCAGCCACCACCCGCACCAUUACCACUGCCAUAUCCAGCGAUGUGGACUCGGCCCCAACUUGCCCUCACACAUCGGCCUGGCUGUGA